GUGUGGCUGCACCCUGACUGAGUUCAAGGUUAUAGUUCAAGGUUGUUGUAGAUAAUUACCAUUACCAAUAACAGUGCCAAUAAUUACUGUUUUAUCUUUGUUGAAGAUUAUUUUUUUUUGUGUUUGGUGGUUUUUGUUUUACUGGGCCAUUCUCAUAAUUGUAGCCGUCGUUUUAUCUAUGCGUAUUACCCUUUACUAUUAACGUUUGUUAUAAUUGUAAAAAAAAUAUUUAAAAUUAUAAGUUUUUCACUAGAUUUUAUGUAACGGGCAAAGUGGGACCAAGACUAAACGGUUUGAGGUGCAAGUUCCAAUUUCAAAUAAACAGUUCAAAGUUCAGUUUUAAACAGAAAUCUUAAUUUUAUUACCAUCCCACUUUUUGAAGUAAAAUGGCCAGGGUACUAGUAGGUGUGAAAAGAGUUAUUGACUAUGCAGUAAAGAUCAGAGUUAAACCUGAUAAAACUGGUGUAGUAACAGAUGGGGUAAAGCAUUCCAUGAACCCAUUUGAUGAAAUAGCCGUAGAAGAGGCAGUACGUCUGAAAGAAAAGAAAUUGGCAUCUGAGAUUAUAGCCAUAACAUGCGGGCCUGCCCAGUCUCAGGAAGCACUCAGGACUGCUCUUGCAAUGGGUGUAGACAAAGGGAUUCAUGUUGAAGUUUCUGGACCUGAAUAUGAAACCUUGCAACCAAUUCAUGUGUCAAAAAUCCUGGCUAAAAUAGCCCAAAAUGAGAAGAUUGACCUGAUCAUUUUAGGAAAGCAGGCAAUUGAUGAUGAUAGUAAUCAAACAGCCCAAAUGACUUCAGGAUUUUUAGACUGGUCAUUAGCAACAUUUGCUUCCAAGAUAGAGAAAGGAGAAAAAGAUGUUACAGUAACAAGAGACAUCGAUGGAGGGCAUGAAGUUGUUACAUUAAAGCUUCCAGCCAUUGUUAGUGCCGAUUUAAGACUGAAUGAACCCAGAUAUGCUACUUUACCAAAUAUAAUGAAAGCUAAAAAGAAGCCGAUACAAAAAUUAAGUCCAAAAGAUUUGGGAGUUGAUACCACACCAAGAAUUAAAAUAAUUAGUGUUGAGGAUCCACCUACAAGACAAGCUGGACAAAUUGUACCUGAUGUGGAUACUUUAAUAGCAAAAUUAAAAGAAAAAGGACACUGUUAAUAAUAUUAUAUUUUUAUUUGGAAUGAUAAAAAGUAACAAUAAUUGGUAAAAUAUAUUUAAAACAAUCAAUUUACACCUUUGAAUUAUUUUUGUUAAUUCUAUGUAUAGAUUUUUUACCUUCACAUAUAUUAAAAGGAUUUUAAUAUGUGUUCAAAUAAAAAACUCUUAAGUUAA